UUAGGUCUCAGCAAACAGGAACCACACCUCUGGCGCAACCAGCCCCAGCUCCUUCUAUGUCCUAGCAGCACCCAGCUGAGCAGAACUGGCAACCACUGCACAAAUGGCUACUUGGGCCUGGGCAGACAAGCAGGUAGACCAGGUCCAACAGAAUAAGAUCUGAGAGUCUGUGGAGGCUGAAGAGAGAGGAAGGAGAAUCUGGUAUCAGAACUGGAGUUUCCUAAAGGAGCAUGACCAAAUGGGUAAGAGAAAGGAGCAGAAGCCACUGCCAAACUGUAUAUCUGUGUUCUCAAGCAAAGUUCCCAACUCAACCAACCAAACUACCGGCAGCCAAAUGAAUACUGAGCUUGGCAGGGUUCUGGUAAAUAUGAUCUUCAGCAGUGGUGCACAAAAGAGGAAACUUGAGGGUGAGCUCCAGCUUUCCUAG